GGACUGACCUACGUAUUACUGACCGACUUCGACCUCUUGAUUGGACGAGCACGGUGUGGAUGCGCUACUUCAGGAUGCUCUUGUCGCUGUAUAAAAUGUGGAAAGGAAUGUAAAAAUGUGUAUAGAUAACGUGUAGUUCAAUUUGUGUAAGGAAGGAUAGGAGAAGGAAGUAUACACCAGUAGACGCCUGUUCGCUGUGCGAGGGAUUCGGACUUGGACGCUGCCAGCGACUUGUUGCUGUUCCACUUGUAAGCUUGCCUUCGUCGUUCAUCUAACGCUUGUUCGUUUUAAGCGCGCAGAGAACUCGAGAACUAGAUCGACUGAAACCUCUCUUGUAAUCCCUUUGGACGAAAUCUCUGCCUCGAUAUGAGUGCUGGCGCAACGGAAUCCUCCUCAUCGACGAAACGCCGGAGGGUGGACGCCGAGGACGAGUGCGACGAACCCAUAGUCCGGUCGCGCGUCUGGUUCAAAGACGGCAACAUCGUGCUCCAGGCGCAGCGCGUCCAGUUCCGGUUCUACCAGGGCCUGCUCGCGACGUACUCCCCGUUCUUCAGGGACGUGUUCGAGGUCCCGCAGCCCGCAGAUGGCGCGGAUGCGGUGGAGGGGUGUCCAGUCAUGCGCUUGCAGGAAUCGGCAGCAGACGUCGAAUACAUGCUGAACUUCAUCCUCGAACCGAAGUCGUCCAAGCAGACGCCGAGCGUCGCGAACGUUAUAGCGGGGCUGCAGAUGGGGCAGAAAUACCUGAUAGCGGCACUCUGGGACGAUGCGGUAGAGAGGCUGCGGUACGAGUUCCCAGAUCGGCUGGAGGUGUACCAGGAGAGACGUGAGGGCCGUGAAAAACCAGGCUACACGCGCUUCUGCGUAGAACCAGGACGCACGUUCUGGUUGGCCCAUCUCCUCGACACGGCACGCUCCGUGGGUCUACAGACGAUCAUGCCAGCGCUGUGCUUCAGAGUCUCGGAGGGCAGCAGCAUAGAAAAUCUGACCCAAGGGCUUCUCGAUGACAUAACCUCCGAUGUCAUGAGCAUGCAUACUCGCAAUGUCCUCCUAGGCGGGCGCAUUAAGACGCUUGCUGCCCAAGUCAAACUCAUUCGAGUCGCAUUCUCGGAGCCUCAGCCUCCGUCGCAGGAAUGUACCGACCGUAACGCGUGCAGGGAAGCUCGACGGCGCAUGUUCGACUAUCUCCUAGAAACUCUUGAGAAGGAGAGAUCAUAUGCCCUGUUCUGUCCCUGGUCUGAACGUCUACAGGUCUCGCCGAACCUCAAAUGCUGUGUUGCGUGCGCCGAAACCAUACUCCGGACGGUGAAGGAAGAGCGACAGGUAAUCUGGGACUCGUUGCCAUCGUUCUUCGGACUGCCGAGUUGGGGAGAGCUGAAGGACUUCUCAAUAGCAGAGGGUGACUAAGUGGCAGGAAGAUGGUACAUACCAGUCUGGGCAGUCCGGCAUUCGUUGUAUUGGUCGUUAUUUGAUAUGCACGCGCUCAAAUGAAGCUAUUUAAGAUUGAAGAGUGGAUAAUGCAACUUGCAGGAUAUAGGAC